AUGAUUUGGCCUGCGGGAACUCCGACUGAAAUUGUGAUUCCCCAAUUAAAACUAGACUCUAGACUUGUUAACACUCUCGAUGAGCCUGCAUCUAACCCGGCCAGAGAUGAUAAAAUUGUGUCGUUCGAGAUAUCUCGGGCAGGUUAUGCUUUUAUUGUUAUAACAUGGAAUGGGAUAUAUUUUUAUCAACUUAAACCCUUGUGUCCGGUUAUUGCAUAUAUCCGCUCAAAAUCGUCCAUAGAAAAAUUUGGAGAUAAUCUAGAUGUUCAUGUACGCUCUGACUGCAAUAUUAUGGUAGUUACAACAACUCUAGGAAAUAUACUUACCUAUUCAAUCUCUCAUUCGGAUAUAACUAAAGAAAUUGCUGUAUUUACUUACUCUGACAACUCGCCAUUAUUUAUUUACGAAGGGCAAACGAUAAGAACUGCUUUUCCUGGUCCUGGCGAAGCUUCUGGUGUCCACGAAAUGUAUCUUCAAUUUAAAAUGAUUGUAAGAUUAGAUUCAGGAAUGUCUACUGCUAUUUCACUUGACAAGGAUUUAAUGAUAGCAACAAAAUCUCCACCCGCAAUUCAAUUUGUGAAAUGGGAUUAUGAUCUUGACAUUAACAAUGAUUUAGUUUCCUCAAACUCAUCUUCAGGUCAUCAAACUAGAACCAUUAUUUUAUCACAUUUAGAAUGGCUAUCGAAAAAAUAUAAAGAGGAAAAACAUACUAUUUUGAAUAUUUUUUGGAGUAAAUCAAUGCGUCUGUUUGUUUGGAUUUUAUCAGACGGUUCAGUAUGGACCGUAUCUAUGAAUGAUCAAAAAGAGGGAAGACUUUCAGUCAGUUCAGGCUAUAAUUUGUUUUUGGAUGGAAGUUGUUUACACAAACCUAGACCAUAUGAAUCUGUUGAAGAAAAAGCGUUGUGUGCUGAAAUAAAUGCACGCUUUAGUUUGAUUGCUGUUGGAUGCAUUUCUGGCAGAACAUAUCUUUACAAUAUUAAAGAUUAUUCCGGAAAUUUUUCAUUGGUUCGAAUCCUAGAGCCCCCCACUCCAUCAUCGGGAAAAAUCAAUACAAUUUCAUGCUCUCACGAUGGGUCUGGAUGGUUUGUUGGAUAUGAGUCAGGAUGGGCAUUUUUUUCAGUUUAUGGAAUGCUCAAUUCAUCAUCUUUCAUAAGUUCGGCUGAUCAAAGAAGUCAAGAAAAAUGGAUGGAUGGGAUUGAAAAGUCCGUAUGGUCAUUUUCAGGUGAUGCCAUAUAUUUACUUCCUAAAGAUAGAAGCUCAAUUUGGGUUUUAGAUACCAUUCGUUGGAACAUGACUGGUAAUUUCAUUCAGAGUGGAAAUACGCACACAGUUCUUUUCAAAGAUUCUAAAAUAAUGCUAUAUCGCGGACAAGACCUUCCUGAUCUUACAACAAUUGAUAAAGAUGCUCUUUUAUGGUUAAACGUACCAAUACCAGCCAGCUAUAUCGCAGACAACUGGCCCAUUAAAUAUGUAGCAUGUUCAUCUGAUGGUAAUUACGUCGCUGUUGCAGGUAUUCGAGGUGUCACUCAUUACAGUCUUUAUAGUGGAAUGUGGAAAAUGUUUGUUGAAGAAGAUUCAUAUAAAGAUUUUUCUGUUCAUGGUGGAAUUAUUUGGUAUGGAAAUGUUUUGAUAAUGGCAGUAGACACUGGCAGUUCUCAUGAAAUCCAGCUAUUUCUUCGUGAACUAGAUCUCGACUCGCAAAAUAUUUUAUUUCAAGAAACAUUACCAGCCCCAGUUAUUUACAUGUUUUUAUUUGGAAAUUCUUUGCUUAUUUAUGCAUCUAAUAACAAUUUAUAUCAAUUUAACAUUAUUGUGAGAGAUAAAGAAAUAGAGCUUGAGCCUAUAACAGAAAUAUCAUUUUCUGGAAUUAUCCACUCACCAGGACGUGUUAGAUCUAUAAGUUGCAUUCCAAAGCAUGAUGAUUCGACACGUGUACCUUUUGUACUUGAAGAAAGUAUAAUAUUGCUUCUUGUUGAUGGUAUGCUCAUUCAACUUACCCCACGAACUCAAAAUGAAGUAAAUCUUUCUGAUUCUGGAAAGAUGAGUUAUAAGCUUAGGGUACUUCAUAAUUAUAUUGAAUACUACUCUUUUUCUGGAACUCAAGAAGAUCUCAAGAACAUGAUAUGGGCAUUUGAUGGCCAGAAUAUUGUAACAUGGGUAAAUGGUGUCCAGGAAAAUUCAAAUGAGUAUGAGGAUCUAGCGAAACCUAUAUUAGUUCCAAUUGAGUUAUACCCUCUCACUAUGCUUACAGAUAAAGGUAUAGUUAUGGGGGUCGAAUGUGACGCAGUUUUGACUAGAAGCGGGUCAUUUACAUACUUUAAACAAUGGACAAGUGCUCAAUUGUUUUUGCCAUACAUUCUAGAAUCAUAUCUUCGCAACAACAAUCAACAAAAAGCUUUAUCAGUUGCAAAAUCAUUCAGAAGCCUUAAUUAUUUUGAGCAUAUGCUUGAGGUGCUUCUUUAUGAUGUUCUCGUUAAUGCGUCAAGCGUCAUUCAGCAGGCUACCAGCGUUCAUAAAACUACCAAGCACGAUUCCACGGAAUUACUUAAAUCUGCAGUAUACUUUAUUAGUCAAUUCCCCGAAAUGCCUGAUGUUGUUGUUAAUUGCACACGGAAGAUUGAAAUAAAAUACUGGAGCAAAUUAUUUAGUGUUUUAGGGUCACCCCAAGCACUGUUUGAACAAUGUAUUGAUAAAGAAAAACUGGUCACUGCUGGCGGAUAUCUUCUUGUUCUUCAUAAUCUGGAUCAAAACACUUUGACUAAAAACAAAGAACACGACAUUUCCUUGAAAACAAUGGAUAAUACAAUCCAACUUUUGAAAGUUGCAAAUAAUUCAAAAAACUGGGAUCUAUGCAAAGAACUCCUAAGGUUUGUACGAUCUAUUGAUCCAUCUGGCGAGCUAUUUAAAAAAGUAUUGGUGGCUGCUAACAUUGUGGUCCCGAUAAUUUAA